AAACUAACGGACGCGCUUUGUCAACGACACCUUUGCUAUUCCGAAUGUUGCAAUUGAUUUUUGUGUUUCAUUUCAUCGAAUUGGUUUAGUAUUUUUAUGUGCAAAUAAUAUUAAAUCUUUUUUAUAUAAUUAAAGCAUAGAUACGUAUUGAGCUAACGACAAUAGGACUUUUUCAUAUUUAAAGUAUAAGUAAUUUAAAGACAAUACCAGUGAGGUUAUACUGAUCGUGUCACACAAUAUAUCGUGGUAAUUUUAAGAUAAAUCAUUUGAUUAUCCAUCGUUAAAAGAAUAGAACAAUUGCGCAACAAUGGAAGAUUUCAUGAAAAUUGAAAAGAUCGGAGAAGGCACUUAUGGUGUUGUGUACAAAGGAAAGAAUCGACAAACUGGUCAAAUUGUGGCAAUGAAAAAAAUUCGCUUAGAAGCAGACGAUGAAGGCAUUCCGUCAACUGCAAUUCGUGAAAUUUCAUUGCUAAAAGAGCUCAAGCAUCCGAAUAUUGUGAAAUUAGAAGAUGUUUUGAUGGAGGAAAGUCGCUUAUACUUGAUAUUCGAAUUUUUGUCAAUGGAUUUGAAGAAGUACAUGGAUACAUUGCCACAGGACAAACUAAUGAAGCCAGAAUUAGUUCGAAGUUAUUUGUAUCAAAUAUCGGCUGCAAUGCUCUUUUGCCAUCAACGUCGAGUUUUGCAUCGAGAUCUGAAGCCACAAAACUUGCUCAUUAAUCGUGAUGGUGUUAUUAAGAUUGCUGACUUUGGUUUGGGUCGUGCAUUUGGUAUUCCAGUUCGUGUGUAUACGCAUGAAAUUGUCACACUGUGGUAUCGGGCUCCAGAAAUUUUGCUAGGCUCACAACGUUAUUCCUGUCAUGUGGAUAUUUGGUCAAUUGGUUGCAUAUUUGCAGAAAUGGCCACAAGAAAACCAUUGUUCCAAGGCGAUUCGGAAAUCGAUCAGCUAUUCCGCAUGUUCAGAAUUUUGAAGACGCCCACUGAAGACAUCUGGCCAGGAGUUACAAGUUUGCCUGAUUAUAAGGAAAGUUUUCCAUGCUGGACGCAUAAACAAUUACGUGAGCAAGUCAAAGUGAUUGAUAGUGCCGGAUAUGACUUGUUGGAUCAAAUGCUCACGUACAAUCCGGUCCAUCGUAUAUCAGCUAAACGAAUUCUGGAGCAUAAGUACUUUGAAGGAUUUGAUAAACAAUUGGUUUCAACCAUGUAAAAUCUCCUCAUUCACUCGUCUAUUCACACUAUAUUCACUGGGAACAUUAUCUCUAUAUUUAAAAUGCUGAACAAAAUAUUCAUCACUCUAUUCCAUUAAAAAGGAAACGUUGUCAGAACAUUUAAAAGCAGUUUUGGUACGUUUAAUUUAUAAAGCGAUAAGCAAAGAAACAACAACACACAAUUUUUAUAUAGCAGAGAAAACAUAUUCUUAGAAACUAAAAUUAAUUGAGGUAUCCAGCAAAGUGUAGGUAAGCAUACAAACGUUAGUGUUUCUCAUACUUAUAAAGAAAAAAAUGGUAGAUAUCAAUCGGAAGAGCAGAAAAUUCGAACUAUGAAAAGUACUUUCACAGUACAAAAUUAUUUCGAUUAAAUAAUACGCAUUAUAAAAUUGA